UAUGUUAUGUUUUACUGUACUACUUGCAUCGGUUUCAUAAGGAACUCCAGUGAUUCAGCAGUGGAAGGGUCACGAAAUUUGGCUUUCCAGGUAAGGAAACCCACAAUCCAAAUCUGUGAAUCAUUAACUAGAGUGUGAUCACAUAGCACAAUGCAAUAAAUCCACCCAACAGUUGCUUUCCAAAGCACCUUCAGGCUACAACCUGCAGGAGAAAUCUCUUCCACGUCCCCUACUGUGAUCACAGCAAUAUGGCUUUGAGGCUUUGCUGUGCCUGGAUUUCCAUCCUCCUCCUGCCCAGCCUCUCGGAUGGAGGGAAGCUCCUGGUGGUGCCCAUGGUGGGAAGCCACUGGCUGAGUAUGAAGGAGGUGGUGGAGGAGCUGAGCCAGAGAGGACACGAGGUGGUGGUGCUGGUUCCCGAGGUGAGCUGGCAGAUGGAGACGACGCAGGCCUACAAGGUGGUCACGUACCCGGUGAGACAGACCCUGGAAGAGCUGGAUAAUGCUUUUCGAGAAUACGUUGUUGUACACCUGACGAAGAAGCCUUUCCCCCUCAAUGCCCUGGCAAUGUUCAAAGCCUCAAAACACCUUUUCAACAUGUUCUUUGAUCAGUGCAAGGACCUGUUCCGCAGCCCGGAGACCCUGAAGUUCCUCAAACAAAGCAGCUUUGAUGCCGUCCUGACAGAUCCGCUCUUCAUGUGUGGCACCGUUGUCGCCCACUAUCUUUCCCUUCCCUUUGUGUUCUUCAUGAGGGGAUUUGGUUGCGACCUGCACUUUUCAGCCCCACAGAGCCCGAGCCCUAUGUCCUAUGUCCCAAAAACCUUCAGCUUCAACUCGGACCGCAUGACUUUUUUCCAGCGGGUGGAAAACGCCCUGGUUUCCCUCCUGGAGCUUGACUACUGCAACAGUUACUAUGAAGAAGCACUUAAGCUUUCCUCAGAAGUUCUUCAGAAGGAUGUGUCUCUCACAGACCUCGUGAGCCCCGCUGCCAUUUGGAUCCUGAGGUUUGACUUUGUGUUCGAGUAUGUCAGGCCAGUGAUGCCCAACAUGGUCUUUAUUGGAGGGAUCAACUGUGCUAAGGGGGAACCACUGCCUCAGGUAAUGUUCCUUCACCUUCAAACUCUACAUUUCCCCAUGAAAAGUCAUUACAUUGUUGCAGAAAGUCUAUUGACGUUUAUUUUAUUUAGUUAGUUAGUUUUAAAUUUAUUUU